AUGUCUCAAAAACGUUCCAAAUAUGUAAAUACAAGCCCAUAUUUUACAUCAAAAAAUUUUACUAAAACUUUAUUAAUUCGAAAAGAUUGUUUUAUUAAUAACCGACCGUCACUUAAUGCAGUACAUUAUCCAAUAACAAAAAACGAUCGUAAAACUUUUAAAAAUCCAAAAACUAAUAGAAAUGUGACGGAAUUCCAAUUUAAAGUGUAUGAUCUUUGCUCUCAGAUCCCUGAAGGAUAUGUUUCAACAUAUAGAAUGCUAGCAACAGCUCUAUCAUCAUCACCACGUGCAGUUGGAGGAGCACUUCGUGUAAAUCCUUUUGCUCCUUUACCAGUACCAUGUCAUCGCGUAAUUGCUUCAAAUUUUUUUAUUGGUGGAUUUGAUGGUGAAUGGUUCGGGCGUGAUGAUAAAUCUCGCAUUAAAAAAGAAAAACAUAGAAGUGAAAAAAUUGAUCGUAAAACGGAAAGAUUAGCUAAAGAAGGGAUUUUGUUCAAUAAUGAAGGUUGGUUAAUUGAAUGGCAAAGAUCAUCUCAAAUUUUUAAUAAUUUUGAUAUUUCAAAAUUAUCUUGA